AUGCACUUGUCACCCCUUAGCCUGGCCCUUGUCUUGCUCGCUCGAACGACCCUCGCACAGUCUGGCUUGUGCUUCUGGCCAAAUGGCACAGUGCUUCCCGAUGAACGAAAUUACAACGAGUACCAACCUUGCACAUCCGGUCCGUCAAGGGUUUGUUGCGGCACCAACCGACCCAAUCCAGCUGGCGGUGAUCCGGGCAAAGGCUUUACGGCAGACGAAUGCCUACCCAAUGGUCUCUGUCAAAACCGCGUUACAACGAAUGGUGUCGGGAAGACAUCUUGGUGGAUAGACUUUUGCGCCGAUAGUGAUCCUAACAGUAGCAACUGCCUCCACGUAUGCGACCAAUCGAGAAAUAGUUUUGGAAACACGCCCUUGACACCGUGUACGGGACGAGCGGAUAGCGAUCGGUGGUGUUGUGGUGGUGACAACGCCUGCUGUACAAGUAAUGUUGGGGUUGUGAAAUUAGCACAGGUCCUGGGCGGUGCACUUUCGUCGAGUGUCGUGAGCUCAGCGACUUCGAGAGCGACUUCGAGAGCUUCUUCAGCCGCUUCAUCGGCCUCAGCGGCUGCAAGUUCAGCGUCGGCCUCAGCGUCAACGUCAGGUACAGGAGCAUCUGCCACAACUACUUCAGCGACACCCGAACAAACCAAGAAGAAGUCUGGGCUUUCUGGAGGCGCAAUUGCUGGCAUUGUCAUCGGUGCUAUCGCUGGCCUAGCAUUGCUCGCAGCUGCCAUUUUCUUCGCUCGAAGAGCCGCGAUAUAUAAGAAAAAGGCAGCAACUACAGGGACACCGAACUACGUGGAAGCCCCAGCGACAGCAGGGUCAUCGAGCUAUGUGGAAGCCCCGGCGAAUAACUACCCGCCGCAGUACCCAGGUCAAGGAUACACCGGGCCCGGAUCGGAGAAGUACGCAGGGCAAAACCAGCAUGCUCAAGGGUUUGCCCAUCUUGCCGAGCUGCCUCCUGCGCCACCGAGUGAACUCCCUUCAGGCGAUUACCCGGCAUCAGCACCGCAUCUUCCACAUAAGUAA